GCUUUGUAUAAAAGCUGAGACAUCGGAGGGUUGAGCAUCAGUCAACGCCAACGGUUAACGUCGACACCCGGCUCAACUAACGAAGAAAACAUCCAGAUCAUCAUGAAAGUCCUGUUCAUAAUCGUACUCGUCGCGGUAGCUGCUUCUGCUAGCCCCGAACGUCAACGUCGUUCUCUUGGAUGGGGUUGGGGAGGAUGGGGUCACGACGGAGCCGUUGUUAUUGGUGGUCAUGGACACGGAAUUGCGCUUGCUGGUCCUCUUGCGCCUGCUGCUGCAGUGAUCGGGCCCGUAUCUCCUUCCGUUGCUGUCCUUGGACCCGCCGCUCAUAGUGCAGCUGUUGUUGGCCCUAGUGCAGGAUCAGCUGCUGUCGUUGGACCGGCUGCUGGAAGCGCAGUCGUCGCUGGACCAUCCGGUUCAAUUGUCGCGGGCUCAGGACUCGCUGGUCACGGGGCUGUCGUUUCUACUGGCAGUCUCCUCGGUGCUCAUGGAAUCUGGUAAACGACCCGGUCGACCAGUGAAGAGCGUCGAGAUUCUGCAAACAAUUAGCUGGACCCUCAAAACAACGUUCUAGCUCAUCUUGCCUGAUCACUAAUCGAAUUGAAUUUUGUUUAUUUUUGUACAUUAUCCGGAGUAAAUACCAUAUAGUUAACUACCGUUUGAUCAAAUGUGUGUAAACACUGCCAACAAUCAAGUGUCAAAAUAAUAAUACAUAUUUUCAAAGACUA